CCGCUAAAACUGCUUCAGGGGUUCUUCCCUGGAUUGACCGUGACGCUCUAUCGGUUCAGGAUCCCUCUGAGGCACAGAUCACAGCUGAGGCGUCCAUAGAGAACGGCUGUCCCACAGGAGUCACUGGGAUAAAUAGGCGAAAUGGAUGAAGAGGAGCAGUUUGUGAACAUUGAUCUGAACGAUGACAAUAUCUGCAGCGUCUGCAAACUUGAGACUGAAACAGGGACCCUAUCUUUCUGCCACAUCUGCUUUGAACUCAGCAUUGAGGGUGUCUCCUCUGCGUCCUUGUUGCACUCCAAGUCGCUGCGGGGCCACAGAGACUGCUUUGAGAAAUGCCACCUGAUCGCCAAUCAGAAGCUGUCUCAUUCCAAGGUGUCCAGAAGCGCCUAUGAGGGCAUGAAGCUGGCCCUCAGCCAGAAACUGACCAGCAUCAUCCAGUUUGCCCAGAACAAAGACUCGCUCUCCUCCAACGGCUGUGGCAGACGGGGGGCCAAGCUCCUCUGUUACAGCCAGCAGGGAGAGCGCAAGCUGCUGCCGCAGUCUGACGCUCAGGUGCCGCGCUACGCCCCCUGCUGGGACAGGGCCAAAGAAACGGGCCUGGAGAGCCAGACGGGAGAGGAGGUGGAUCUCCUGUGUGCGUCUCAAAGCGAAGGUUGGAGCAGAGACGGAAGGAAGGAUGGAAACGGCUGGACGCAGCCUUCAGGACAGAGGCAGCAGAGACGCCAGGGCCACAGCAGAGAAGAACUGACUAAGAUGAACACGGACGAGCUCCAUCAGCUGAACGGACGACUGCUGAAGCAGAUUGAAAAGGUCUUCGAGGAGCUGACGGCUGCUGUGCAGGAGAAGGACGCCCUGGCGUCAGAGCUGCAUGUGCGUCACAUCGCCAUUGAGCAGCUCUUUAAGAACUGUGCCAAACUGCCCUGGCUGCACAUCAGCAGGGCCGGCGUGAAGGCCAGCAGCAGCAACGGCGCCGCCGCCGUGGAAUGAGGAGCCGGAGGACAGCACCUGGCCGAAGGUGAAGAAGUGGUCUGCUGCUGCGCGGAGGAGGCUGAAAGCAUCUGGAUCCUGUUAGACUUUUGCACAGCGGGGCCGUUGGGUCCCGCGCAGCACCAAGGGCUCGCUUCAGUUAGUGGUUCCACUGAUGUGAGGUUACUGGCGGGCGGCUGAUGAGUUCCUGCUCUGGUUGUGACUCUCUGAUUACCCAGGGUUUAAAAAAAACACGGCCUUAGGAUGGAGGAGUUUUAAUGAGCUGCACAAAAAACAGACCUCAGUGGUGAAAUUUAUUCUUUAUCGUCCUCAAUUAUUCAGUUUUAUAUUUCAAUACAGUUUUUACUUUUCUAGAAUGAGGUUUCUGAUUAUUUCUCAGUUCUUUAAAGGUUAAAGAUUUCAGUCAGUAUUUAGCUGAUAAUAAAAGAAAACUCUCCUUCAGUCAAACUUCCCCUGGAUGAACACUAAUGCUUGAAAUUCCCUGAAAUGGUUUGAAAUGAGCCCGAUGUUUGCUGGAAACUGGUCUAAAAUGUUUGCUAAACAUUUUAAAGGACUGGAACUUGGUACUAAAAGCCUCUAGGGAGGGAAUUUUGUUCCACUAUUUAUGUUGGAAAGGGACACAGUUUGUAAAUGGGGGAAAAAAGCAACCCAGAAACAAAACUUUGAAAAACCUCUUGUCAUUAAAAAAUGUCUUUAAUUUAGCUUUAGCAGAUUUUAUUAUUUUUAUUUUUCUGAAGUUUUCUCAACAGAGCAAAAUUCAGAUUAAGUUUUACAGAGCCUGCCCUUAGGUGGGAAAAUAACCAGAUCUGUAAAAAAUAAUACGAUUUAAAUCUGAUAAAUUUGAUAAAAGUUGAAAAUGUUAGGUUAAAAAAAAAGGUAUUACAUUUAAAAAAAUGAAAGAAAAUAAAGAAUUUUCAAAACUUUAUUAUUAAGAAAUGUUUGAAAUUUCAACAAUAAUGGACCAAAAUUCUCUCCAUAGCCUUCCCUCACCUCCUCCAUCUUGGAUCUGUAAACAGACCGUCUUAAAUAUAUUAAAGAAUCAUGAUAUCUACAUAUAUGUAGAUAUUUAUAUGGUCACACUUAAUUAUGACCAUAUAAAUGGUCAUAAAUUAGUGUCUCUUCUCUAAAAGCUUUAUUUUAAACCAUAUUUCCAUCAUGAACCUGGUCCCUGUUCAGUUCAGCUGACUAUUUUACUCCUGGAUGGAGAUGGAUUAAGGGUGACCUCUGACCUCCUGCUGAGAAACCUGCUUCAUUUAAGCCAAACACCUACAGGUCCUCACAGUUAACAGUGAUUAAACUAAAAUAAGCUCCUCCUGUUGGGGUUUGAAUCGUAGCGUCGGUGUAGAACCUCCCACGACAGGCGGCUCUAUUUCCUACCAAAGAAAACUGGACAAAAAGCUGCAAAGGUUGGAUUUGGUGUCUGAUACAAAAGGUCAUGGAUGGAGCAGCAGUGGGCGGAACCUAAAACUUUAGCUGAAAGAUAAUUUGAAAAAAAAAAAAAAAAGAAAUCAAACUGCUGCAGAGUCAGUUUUACUUUAGUGACUUUUCAUUGAGAAACGGCUUGUUGGCUCAUCACCCUGUUGCCUAAGAAGUGUUAUUUUAACCCCCUUCUUUGUAAAAUCUAUCAUUUCUGGUGGGAUUUCAUUUGAUUUGUGGUAAAGCUGUCGACACUUCUUGGUUCCUGUCAGAUCAAGAACACAUGAGAGGGAAAUCCAUUUGUUAAACCAAAGUUUAUUAUCCUUAAACCGGAAUGAGCCCAUGUUAAACCCCCCGAGCUGAAGGUUGCUUAGGGCUCACCUUAUUGAUAACGAGUUUCCCUCCCUGCUAUUUCAGCGUGUCUACAUAGCAAUACAAACAUGGCGUUUGGUCUGCAGUGCCUGUAGAUAUCCAUAAUGUUUAAUCAAAGGAACUUUAUGCAAGACGCGUCUAAACGGAAAAUCAAAAGGCCUUAUUAGGAAAGAUGAUGGUUGGACUUUUCCUCCCAGGUGGUUUAGAGUUUUCUAAGCUGGUAUAAAGCAAACUUAGAAAAAAUGCAGCAUUUCUGCGUUGGGCUCUCUUUGUAAGAGAAUAGAUGUUUUUGACCCUUUUUAGGGUCUAAAGUUAUGGUUAUAAACUUGGUUUUGAACUUUUUCUUAUGGUUUUAUUUGGACAUGUAGCCUGCCUGAGUGUGUUUAUUAAAGCAAAUAUUUAGUCCUUGCAUUUUUAGUAGAGUAUCUGUUUUCGUGGAUGUUUUUGGACCUAUCUUCGCCGGGAGAACCAGUCCGUUUCUUUUCAAUCGGAUUUGAGUUACACUUCUACAUUAGUUGUAGCCUGACCGUACAUUUCUUUACAUUUUUUCCAUGGAUGCAUUUUUUAAAUGAUAUUUAUUGUGUGGAAAUAUUAUGUUUGAAUUGUGUAGACAAAUCUUUUUCAAUAAAAUAAAAAUACAGGUAUUUUUUACAGAA